AUGGACAGUGGGGCCCCCUCCCCGCAGGAGCUGCCCCAGCGGCUUUGGCCGGGCCCCAGCGGUUCAGCAGCAGAAGAGAAGCACCUUCUCAGCAGCCUGGCCGCGGCCCACACCUUGGCCAGGAUCAUCCGGCCUUGCUACGGCCCCCACGGCCUCCAGAAGCUCCUGGUGACCGCCAAGGGAGAGACCGUCUUCACUGGGUAUGCCACGGCCAUCCUCGGGGCCCUGGACCUGGAGCACCCUGCCGCCCGGCUCCUGCGGGAUGCGGCCCUCAGCCAGGCCCAGCACAGCGGUGACGGAGUGGCCUUCGUGGUGCUGCUGGCAGAGGCCCUGCUGGCACAGGCCGAGCGCCUGCUGCAGGCCGGCCUGCCCCGAGCCCAGCUCCGGGAGGCCUACGCCGCGGCCACCGCAGAGACCCUGGCCCUGCUGCCCUUGCUGGCCGUCCGCUCGCUGGGGCCUUUGGAAGACCCGUUCUGGGCCCUCCAUUCGGUGAUGAAUACGCACACUCUGUCCCACGCGGAAUACUUGACCAAGCUGGUGGCCCAAGCAUGCUGGUCGGCCAAGGAGCUGGACGGCACCUUCCGCCCGGAGCAGGUGGGGGUGUGCGUGGUGCAGGGGGGGCAGCUGGAGGACUCGUGCCUGCUCCCGGGGCUGGCCGUGCGCGGGACGCCCCGCGGCCAGGUGACCAUGGUGCAGAGAGGCGCCAGGGUGGCUCUCUUUGACUGCGCCUUUGGCCCCGCCUGUCCCAAGGCGCCCUCCAAGGCCCGGCUCUCUAGUCCCACCGACCUCCUUCGCUUCAGGACAGGGAGCGACAUCCUGAUAGAGAGGCAGGUGGCCCAGCUGGCCGCCGCGGGGGUUAACGUGGCGGUGGUGCGGGGGGACAUCGAGGAAAAGAGUCUCUCGCAGGCGGACAAGUACGGCAUCAUGGUGAUUGAAGUGAAGUCGCUGCGGGAGCUGGUCUUCCUGAGCGAGGUGCUGGGCACCCCUUUGAUGCCUCACCUGGUUGCUCCCCAGGAGCCAGGGAAAUGCCAGCAGGUGUACCCGCAGGAGCUGGGGGAAGGCCUGGCGGUGGUGUUCCAAUGGGAACCUGCGGGCACCCCUGCCCUCACCCUGGUCCUCAGGGGGGCCACGAAGGAGGGGCUCCGGGGGGCAGAGCAGGCCGUCUACCACGGCAUCGAUGCCUUCUCCCAGCUGUGCCAGGACCCCAGGCUGCUUCCGGGGGCGGGGGCCGCGGAGAUGGCCCUGGCCAAGCUGCUGGCCGACAAAGGCUCCGCGCUGGAAGGGCCCACUGGGCCCGCGCUCCUGGCCUUUGCCCAGGCCCUGCGGUCCCUUCCUGCAGCCCUGGCGGAGAACGCGGGCUUGGCGGUCUCCGCCGGGAUGGCAGACAUGACGGCCUCUCACCAAGCUGGGCACUGCCUGGCGGGAGUGGGGCCGGAAGGGGUGAUCAACGUGGCCCAGGAAGGGGUGUGGGACGCCCUGGCGACCAAAGCCCGAGGACUUCGCACGGCGGCAGAGGUGGUGCUGCAGCUCGCCACUGUGGACGAAAUCGUGCUGGCCAAGGACAGUCCCGCGCGCCAGCAGGACUCGGACCCUCAUCCUCGGAGGGCAAAGGACCGCGCAUCGCCCGUAGGAAGAAAUAAGUAG